GUGUCUGGUAUCGUCGGCAGGGCUGAUGUCUUAGCAUGUCUCCUGUUCUUGCUGACGUUCCUCUCCUACAUCAGGAGUGUCGGUGUGUGUGUGUGUGAGGGCUCACUGCCCCCCACGGUGUCGGCAUGGUUUCUGCUCGCCAGUUUGUUCCUGGGCACCGGGGCCAUGCUGGUGAAGGAGACAGGCAUCACGGUGUUCGCCGUGUGCGUGCUCUACGACGCCCUGGUGCUGUGCCGCAGACCCUUCCUCCAUCAGCUGUCGGACUCCAGAAUCAGGGACCUCCGCUACGUCUGCAGCCCCUUCAUCAAACGAGCCUGCCUCAUCUCUGGCUUUGUGCUCAUCAUCAUGUCCGUCAGGCUGUGGCUGAUGGGAGGAUCCAUGCCUCUAUUCUCUGAGCAGGACAACCCCGCCUCCUUCUCCCCACACCUGCUUACCAGGAUGUUGACCUAUUCGUACCUGCUGUCUUUCAAUGCCUGGCUGCUGCUGGCCCCCGUCGUGCUGUGUUAUGAUUGGCAGGUGGGCAGCAUCCCCCUGGUGGAGUCGCUGGGGGACAUCCGCAAUGUGUCCACGGUGCUGUUGGCCGUGGUGAUGGUCGCCCUCUGCCUCAGCUGCUUGUUCUCACUGCAGGGCCAGGGGAGCAGGGAGAUGUUGGUUGGAAUGUUAUUCCUGAUGUUUCCCUUCAUUCCUGCCAGUAACCUUUUCUUCAGGGUUGGAUUUGUCGUGGCAGAGAGGGUCCUCUACAUGCCAAGUAUGGGUUACUGUAUUCUGGUGGCUCACGGCCUGGGGCGCCUGUGUUCGCUGGUUGGCCGUUUGGGUACCACAGUCCUCAGCGUCUCCUUGCUGCUGCUGCUCCUGCUCUUCUCCUGGAAGACCGUCCAGCAGAACAACGUCUGGCGCUCCAGGGAGGCCCUCUUCCGCUCUGGUAUCCAGACUCUGCCACACAAUGCCAAAGUCCACUACAACUACGCCAACUUCCUGAAAGACAACAGCCGGCACCAGGAGGCCAUUCACCACUACACCACUGCCCUCAGGUUAUACCCCCGCCAUGCCAGCGCCAUGAACAAUCUGGGCACUCUGACCCGUGACCCAGAGGAGGCUGAGCGCUACUACAGGAAGGCACUGGCCACUAACCCUCAGCAUAACCGAGCUCUGUUUAACCUGGGGAACCUCCUCAAGUCACUUGGGAAGGAAGAAGAAGCUGAGGCUCUGCUGAAGGACUCCAUACACUUCGGUCCACAUUUUGCUGAUGCUUACUCCAGUCUGGCUUCACUCUUUGCUGAACAGAAACGCUUUGCUGAAGCCAAAGAAGUGUAUCUGGAAGGAAUAGAGAAGUGUCCAGACAGCUCUGACCUGCAUAAUAACUACGGAGUGUUUCUGGUGGAUACUGGAGAGGGGGAGCUGGCAGCCGCUCACUACCAGCAGGCUGUCAGACUCAAACCAGCGCACUAUGUUGCCAUGGUGAACCUGGGCCGCCUACUGCGAUCAUCCAAUGAGAACACAGAAGCGGAGUCCUGGUACAAGAGGGCGCUGCAGGUGACGAGGAAGGUGGACAUCCUGACUCCGCUCGGAGCGCUGUACUACAACACGGGCCGCUACAACGAGGCCCUGCAGGUGUACAGCGAGGCCGCCGCCCUGCAGCCCCACAGCACCGACAUCUGGCUGGCUUUGGCUCAGGUUUUAGCUAUGGCUGGUCGCAGCAAAGAGGCAGAGAAGAUGACGCUGGACAUCAUAUCCAGAGAUAGCGGCUGCAUUGAGUGUUACCGCCUCCUGUCUGCAAUCUACAGCAAGCGUGGGAACUACACACAGGCGCUGGCUGCUCUGGACAGAGCCCUGCAGCAGAGUCCCAGUGAUGUGACCGUGAGAGCAGAGCUGUAUUUCUCCAAAGGGAACCAGUUCAGAGAGAUGAACCAGCUGGGCCGAGCCUUCCAGAGCUACAAGCUAGCUGUGGAACUGAAACCGGAUCAGUCCCAGGCCUGGAUGAACAUGGGGGGGAUUCAGCACAUCAAGGGAGACUAUGCAGCUGCCAGGAUGUAUUACCAGCGGGCCCUGCUGCUCAGCCCUGGCUCCAAACUCCUGAAGGAAAACCUGGCCAAGCUGGACCGGCUUGAGAGGAAAGUGACAGGGGGGUCGUAGAUUACCACAGGCCCCCACAUGCAACCAUCCUGGGCUCAAAUCAGCGGAGAGGGCCCAGCAAGCACUCUGGAGCCCAGGCACCAGCCAUAGGCUGGUUAAAAAGACAACAGGCCUGAAAGCAGAGGAGCAGAGGACUCUUCAGGUGCUGCAGAGAGAGACAGAGGAGCCACAGUCAGGAAGCUUUCCUCGUGGGAGCAGAGGGGAACCACUGGCUGAAGACCACUGGAGCUCCAUGUGAUCUGCAUUUGAGCUUUACUUCAAAAGCCACAUCUGCUUUAAACAUUUGUGUUUGAUUGAUUUAUUAUUUAGCUUUAUGCAAAGGGAUUUCCUUAUGGAACCUAAUCACAGAUUGAAUCUCAGUCUGUUAGAAUGUUUUACGAAACUACAUUAGUACAGUGAAAGUGAGGGAAAAUGUUUUUAUUAUGAAGGUUAUGAGCAUGGGAACAAAAAUAAUUUCUCUCAAAGCUCCACUUUGUAGCUUUCAGAACUGUCAGUCAGUCAGUGUCAGGACAUUCACAUCGAACACCAACUAUAAGUAGUACAAGUCACAAGCAGGGUUGGGAAAGCUUCCUGUAUACUCUUCUUUAUAAGUAGUUCACCAAAGAUACAACUGAAAGCUCAGAAAAUCUAUUAAGUGGACCUUUGAGUUUAGUUUAUUGUGCUGCACAUGAAGAAAAUGGGUUGACAAGAUUAACUGUAAGCCCACUGUACUCUCUGAAUUAUAUCAAUGAGUACAAAGUAACUAAAAACAAAAGAUGUUAAGAUCUCAGAUUAUAUGAAAAAUGGAAUAAGAUUCAUACCAGCUGCUUUCUUUUUAGACAUGAACUGAACUAGGUUCAAAUGACCUCUACUUCCAGAACAAGCUACAGGUUAGACCUGGUUAGGCAUGUGUUGGUUAAGGUUAGGAUAAGUCUCCAGGAAAUGCAUGCAAGUCAAUGUAAUGUCCCCUGAAGUGGUGUGUG